UGUGGCUCCUGGCGCGCCGGUGCGAUCGGUGGGUUGCAGGCGGGUAGAGGAGGACUUGUGCUUGGUGCGUUGUUAUCCUUGCCAUGAAAGACUCGGCCUUCGCGGAGGCAGGUCCUCGGGUUUAUUCACGCUCCCCCAGUCCAAAGAGAUAAUUGUCACAGUCUCUCCUGGACAGACGGUGCGCAGGUUACAUGGGCUCUGUUAGCACUCCGUAGCCGGGGGCAAGGUGUGAGUCUGCCCCACGCAGCUAACAGAAGCUAGAACAAAUUGCGAUUGCCUUCAGCUUGAAGAACAACACACAGGAAUCAAUAAGUAGUUUCUAACUACUUUAAUAUAGCAAGAGAGAUACAGCAUUGCUUCUGGCAUCUUGCUUAGCCGAAAGAGAAAGUGUACAGAGUACAGUGAAAAACAUCACGUGAGCAUAGGGAGAUAAGGACUUCCUUUCUUGUGGGAACAGACCCAAUAACUUCACUAGCCUGGCUCAAGCUGCGUAGCUUGCCAGUGCAUAGGAAUCCCAACAGGCUCCCCGUCCGGAUAUAGAUCAGGUUCAUGCGGCUGCCCCGUUUAUGUAGGACUUGGGAGUCCCUCAGGCAUAUUCACAGGUGUAUGAAAGCAGUUACUCAUCAUUCUCGAUAUGACAGUGCUGCCAGGGAAAGUUUUUGCCUUUGAAGACAAUGUUGGGACCAAAAUAUGAUGAUCAAGUUGCUGAAGAGUGUCGUUUCCACCCCAGUAUGUUAUCAAACUACUUGAAAAGUCUUAAGGUUAAGAUGGGUCUGCUGAUAGACUUGACAAAUACUACUAGGUUCUAUGAAAGGAGUGAUAUAGAGAAGGAUGGGAUCACAUAUAUAAAACUUCAGUGUAAAGGGCAUGGUGAGUGCCCCACAGCUGAUAACACAGAAACAUUCAUUCGUAUAUGUGAACAUUUUAAUAAUAAGAACCCAACAGAACUUAUAGGUGUUCAUUGUACACAUGGUUUCAAUCGUACUGGUUUCCUUAUCUGUGCCUUUCUGGUUGAGAAGUUGGACUGGAGCAUUGAAGCAGCUGUGGCUAUUUUUGCCCAAGCCAGACCACCUGGUAUUUAUAAAGGUGAUUAUUUGAAAGAACUCUUCCGUCGAUAUGGCGAUGGAGUGGAGGCACCGACCCCUCCCCCUUUGCCAGAGUGGUGCUUUGAUGAAGAUGAAGAAGAGGAUGAGGAUGAUAACUGCAAACCAAGAACCCCCGAAUCAGAAGCUGGGUCAUCAACUUCAUUUUCAGGCAAAAGAAGAAAAGAACACUUAAAGCUGGGUGCUGUGUUCUUGGAAGGAAUAUCAGUCAAGCAUGUAACCCAAGUAACAACUCAACCAAAGUUAGGAGAGAUACAACGCAAAUGCCAGCAGUUUUGUGGCUGGAAAGGAACUGGAUUCCCCGGGGCACAACCUGUUUCUAUGGAUGAGCAAAAUAUUAAACUCUUAGAGCAGAAGCCAUACAAAGUAAGCUGGAAAGCAGAUGGAACUCGGUAUAUGAUGUUGAUUGAUGGCAAAAAUGAAGUGUAUAUGAUUGACAGAGAUAACUCAGUGUUUCAGGUAUCAAAUCUGGAGUUUCCAUUUCGUAAAGAUCCACGUGUACACUUAGAAAAUACUCUGAUGGAUGGGGAAAUGAUUAUUGACAAGGUAAACGGCCAGGUUGUUCCUCGGUACUUGAUAUAUGACAUAAUUAAAUUCAGUGCACAACCAGUUGGAGAGUGUGAUUUUAACAUUCGUCUGGCAUGUAUUGAAAAAGAGAUUAUAUUCCCACGACAUGAAAAAAUGAAGACUGGACAAAUCGACAAAGCACAAGAACCUUUUAGUGUUCGUAACAAACCAUUUUUUGACAUCCACAUUUCAAAAAAGCUUCUUGAGGGAAAUUUUGCUAGAGAAGUCAGUCAUGAAGUGGACGGACUAAUUUUUCAGCCUGUAGGAAAAUACAAGCCGGGACGAUGUGAUGACAUUUUGAAAUGGAAGCCACCCAGUCUGAAUUCGGUGGAUUUUCGUCUAAAAAUAACAAGAGUUGGUGGAGAAGGGCUUCUUCCGCAUAAUGUUGGACUGCUUUAUGUUGGAAGUUUAGAUACUCCUUUUGCACAAAUUAAGGUAACAAAAGACUUGAAACAAUAUGACAAUAAGAUUAUAGAAUGCAAGUUUGAAAACAAUAGCUGGGUCUUCAUGAGACAACGGAUAGACAAAAGCUUUCCAAAUGCUUACACCACUGCAAUGGCUGUGUGUAAUAGCAUACGACAUCCAGUGACAAAGGAAAUCCUUUUCGACUUCAUUGAAAAAUGUACAGCAGCAGCUCCAGGACAGACCCGCAAGCAUCACCUGGAUCCUGACACUGAACUCAUGCCUCCACCACCUCCUAAAAGACCACGGCCGUGAUUUAAAGACUGAGAGAAUACCAAGUUGUUUACAGUUCUACAAAACGAUGUGUGUGGGACAUUUGCAAAAAGUUAUUGUAAACAUCCUGUAAAUACUUAUGUGCAUUUUUUUUGGAAUGCCACAUCAUGGACUCAGAUUUGUUUUGUACUUGACAAGUUGAAUAUUGCUUUGUGGAAACUGAGAACAGAUUUAAUCCAAAGGGUUAGAUGAAAAAAAAAGUGUAGAAUCAAUGGAAAGCCACCUUGUUUGAUAGGUACCUUUCAAAUCUAAUGUUUUAUACUAGUAAACUGGAACUGUGAAGCCAUGACAAAGCGGCCCUUUUCUUUUUCCAAGUGGUGUUGCAAAGAGUGUGAUGUUACCUCUAACCAAUUAAGAUUUGUUGCUUUGUUUAAUUUAGCAUAGUUCUCUUAUGUUUCUUAGGCUCAUGUUUAAAGACAAACGGCGGCAAAUGUUCAUGCAGUGUACUCUUUAAAAUAAAAGUUUAUCAGGUUUCAUUAAUUUUUUUAUAGAAAAAAACAUUUUUAUAUUAAACAAGUAACCUAUCCUUUUGGGUAGGUAUUGGGUUUUGUUUUUUGUUUAGUCUGAACAACCACAUUCAUCUGUUUUAAUAUCACAUUUUAGGUUUUAUGCUUUGGUAGACACAAUCAAUCCUCAAUAUGAAAAAGCAAAGCUUAAUUUCUGUACAGCAGCUGUAAAUGGAUUAUGUCAAAAGAUGUUCAUCAUGUUGAUGUGUAUGCUAACCAUGUUAAUGACAUUGCAAUAAUUUUGUGGAGAAAAUGUUGGGGGAAAUUCCAGGAGAUACUUGAGGUGAUGAAUAGAAGUGAAGUGUGGUUUCCCUUCCAGGCAAAUGGGCUCUCAUAAACUUUAAUCAAAAAGGGUAAAGUUUUGUUGCUGAAAGUAGCAUUAGGAACCCCCAGACCUCCUAUUUUUAAAGCAAGAGCCGUUAGGUAGCAAACGAGAGCAGUCUUCUUCCCUAGCCUAGUGGCCUUCAGUGGUUUUGACUUGAGCCUCCACCAGCCCCCAGCUAGUCUCAGGUGUAUGGAGGGCACUAGGUUGGCAAGCGCUGGUUAUGAGUAUUCUCAUCCAGUGUUUGUAGUUUUAAAAUAUGAAUUAAACAGUUUUCCUGGUUUUUGCUGAUGUAUAGCAAAUUUAUUAGUUAUUCCAUCACUAUGGCAAAGCCACAUUAUUUAGACCUUGAGCAAUUAUUACAUGUUUAAGAUCUAGGAACAAAUGUAAUAGCAUUUCACAAGCUGACUGUAAAAUAAGCCAUCUAGUAUUUUGAUUAUUUAUACUUACUGAUAUGUAUAAGUCACUUAGGCAUUCAGCUAGCUACUGAUCUGCGAAAACUUUAUUUGUUAUGUAAUGAUAACCAAAUGGUGUUUUAUAUUAGGAAGUAUUUAAAAGUUUUAAUAUCCCCCCCCUCGUUUUUAUACAUGAAAAUGCAUUUUAUGCUUUGUUCAGUAGCCAGUUUGAAACCUGUCUAUUAAAAUGUUACAUUUAUAUUUCUGGGCACUGAACAGAUAAAAUAAGUUUAUUCUUCUUGAGAAGUUGAAAUUUGACCAAAAAUUAUGUUUUACUUACAUAUUUUCCUGUUCACUUAUAGAAGAUAGAUGCCUCUUAAGCAGUAGUUUCCCAUCAGCCUUAUAAAUAUAUGUGAAAAGCUAUGCAAUCACUUUGCACUCAUGGAUAAAAUGUAAGUUUCUAAAUGGAUAAAAUUGCUUUGCCCUAGAUUUAAAGCUCUGUCAUGCAGGUACAGCAUAACAUGAUUUCUAGUGCCAUUUGGACACUUAUGGUAAUAGCAACCUUUCAGCUAUGUUGCAAAUAAUAUGUGUAAAUUUUAAAUAUCUAUUACUAAUAUUUAUCCUGUCUUUCAGUAUUCUAGCAUGCUGUAACAGCUGGUUAUGACUUAAAUGCUUCUAGAUCCAUAGCUCCGUACCAGUAUUUAUUAUUUUCAUAAAUUAUGCCCAUUGCUUGUGUCCUCAUUUACAUUAUUAAUGGUUAUAUUGAAUUAAUGAGAUUUCCAUUUCACUUGUAGAAAUGCAUUUUGCCUUUUAAAUUUGCUCCUACCCUUGCAUUUGUGGGUUGGGGGAGCUGAAUAGAUGCUUCACAUUUUCUUUCCAAAGGGUGAAAGCCUUGACUUAGCUGAAACUAUGAAAGAAAAAGAGGCUUCCAUGAGAAACAGAUGAAAGAAUAAUCCUAAACACAAUUUCAGUUGGACCAGCUUGCCUUAAUCAGUGCAAGGCCUCCAUUUGUCUGAGACCGAACUCAUCAUCAGCAGAAAAGUUGACUGGACCAUAUAAAAGGAAGCUUGAGUGGGCCGGUUUUAAAAAAAUAAAGUAAUGCAGAACAUUUGCAUUCAAUGACAUUCCAGGAAAAUGUCAUUACAUUCUGCUGCAAAAUAUAUAUUAAAUAUUUGAGGGAAGUCAGUUAUCUAAAAUAAUGGUAGUUCAGUUUAAUGGGGGGAAAUAGGUCUCAUUUACAAAGGCAUUGUGGGCUGGAGGUUAUCCACCCCUGAUUUAUACUAUGUUCCAUCUUAAGGCAGAGCUUUCUCUGAAAUGAAGUUAUUACUUAAUUUAUUCCCAUCAUUUUCAAGCCUGCUGAUUUGUGUACAUGUACAACAUAAUCUAGAAAAACUGAACAGCAAGCAGUAAGAUGAAAUAAUUCAGUUCUCUGCAAGAAUAAUGGUAGAAAUAAUGGCUCCUUCAAUGGAUAAAACGAACCAAGCAAAUCUGUAGCCACAGACUAUAUUCCAAAAAGGAAUUUGCAUUGCCAGAACUCAUUUUCAGAUACGAUUGCAGAAAAGAGGCUGAAGAGAGCUGACAGAUCCCAGCUAAUAAAAUUGCCUUCUGUUAGACAAAAAUGAGGAAUAAAUUAAGUUGCCAGUAUCAUGUAUAGAGGUUGGCAGGAUGGCAAUGAAACUUUUCAGUUAGCUUUUCUGUGAUGUGACUACUGGAGAGAGAAAUGGUAGUUAUAUUGAGAAAUCCUACGAAGGGUAGGAAGAGCCAGGUGCAUCUGUAAAGGUUCUUGGAAGGAAAGGGAAGAAGGCUGGGAAGAAACUCAAAGGCAGAGUCUCUUCGUUGGGGUUUUCACCUCAUUUUGUGCCCCAGGAGAUUAUUUUAUUUUGUAAUGAGAGCAGCCACCCUGUCUAUACAUUUUUGAUACUGGUUUGGGUCCUAUGCUGAAAAGCAAGCCUGGCAUGUGACUUCAUUGUGGGUGCUGUACCCAGUCAAAUCUGCAUGUUUGAAUCGGCCAUGAGCGAACCAUAGUGAAGUGGGAGCGAUUUCAUUCAGAACAGACAACUAAAGAAGCUGAAAAUAAGCUAUACUUCCCAAAGAGGCUUCUGGAUUUAUUUGCCUGUUUCACAGCCAAGCAGUGGUGUCUGGUAAGAUGUUGACUCGGUUGCAAUUUUUAUCCUUUCUGUUUUCAUCACAAUAGCACUUAUUUAGGAAAGUGUGGCAUUAGAAGAGCUUUUUUGAACCGAACCAGAACUUGCCAGAACUGAGCUCUGACAAUUCUCAGGUGGGCACCAUUGGCAGUAUAAGAGAACAAUGGAGGGGUUCAUUUUGAGUUCCAGCACCUCUUUUUCUGGAAAAAUAGCACUGGCCAUUACACAUGCACAGAGUACCACUGUCUCCUCUAAAACACCAUCAACAUCACUAAAAAACAAACAUCAAAUUCUUCUCUGUAUAUCUAAUGACAGGAAAGAGCUUCCAUGUAAGAGGACUCAAUCAUGAUUUUCAGACAAGAUUGACUACAUACUGUACCUCUUAUUUAGAAAUUAAGUCGUACCAAAUGAUGUGUACGUUUUGGAAUUCGUUUAUUGUUUAUACAUCUGUUGUCAAAAAGCUAAACACAAAAAUGUUUAAAAUGUGAUGAAAAUGUGCUUCCAGUUGCAUGCAGUUUUCCUCACCCCCUCCCAAAUCAAUCCGGCUUCUCAUUAUCCAAAACAUUUCCCCCCUAAAUUAAAAGGAUUAUGUAGUCCCAAAGAACAGACCAAAAAUGAUUGUUUCAUUUGAGCCAGGGCACAUCAGAGCUCACAGCAGAACAUAUUUGCAAUGCAUGGUUCAGUCCUGAAAAUGUGAAGUAAUAAUGUCUGCUUAUGUGCAGACUUCAUCACAUCAGUCUAAUCAUAAUCAAGCUCUAUUAUGUCUGAUAUUUGGGAGAAUAUCUUCCAGGUUUGGAAAAGGAUGUGUAGUCAUAUCCAGACAGCCACAGAGCUGAAGCUCUCUGUUUUAGAGCAAGGUAGAAAUAGGGUUGCCAUAUGCCUGGACAUUUCCUCCUUUUCAAAGCUAAAAUCAUCCAGGUGAUUUUUAACGUUUUGCAAAAUGUCUGGGUUUUUAUUUUUAUUUUUGUACUAUCUGUACCAGGGUCGCUCUAGGACUCGUCAAGGUGAGGCCUCAUGUGGCCUUCCGGGGCUCACUUAGACCAUUAAAACUCAGACACUGGGCUUUAAAGUGUGGACUGUGCCUGGAAAGCGUGGAGGAAAGGUAACUAUGGAUAGGCCCUAGGGCUACCUUUCUAACAGCCUGAUCAGUCACCUGGUUUUUCUGCUUAGAAGACCUCAUUGCUAUAGUUGUACUUUUUGUUUAGGAGUGGUAGAUAGAGCUAAAUGGCCAGAGGACAAUAAGUUCAUGUGAGUUCGUGGAAGUAUACAGUGGGGGGGGGGGCAGAGACAGGAGAGUUGGUGUGGCUGUGAGAUUUGAGGAGAACAUUUCAUUUUCAGUAGGGGGUGGCAUUCCCCAGUAAUUCCAUUAGACCAGCCUCCACUGCAUAUGAGGUAGAUGAAGCACCAGAACAAUAAUACACAGAAAUGGGAUUUAGGAUGGCAUCCUGGGCACCUAUAACAGGAGUUUGUUUCUUUUUUGUCCUACUGGGCUCAGCUUUAGUGGUAGGCAGUGGCUGUGAAAAACUGGCUUGUGUUAAAAAGAAGCAAGGGACCCAUGGACAUGAGCCCAUCCCUUCAAGAGAAUAGUGAAGAAAACCAAUAGCUCUGAUUAGCUGACAUCACCACCCAUUUGGGUGACAAAAUGAAUCCUAGAGAGGGAGAAUUAUAUCCACUGAAAAUAUGUCAAGUGCUGUAGCAAAGGGAAUCUUAAAAAUGUGGGAUACAGAAUUUUUCUAUAUGAAUGUGGGAUCUAGAUUCCCCCCCCCAAAUAUAUAAUAUCAUAUAAACACACAGAGAAAAAUAAACCUACAUUAAAAUUAUGAGAAACAGAGUUCAUUUUGGGAUAUUUUAUUUGAAGUUGGUAAUAUAUUCUGAAUGUGUAGAUGGUAAAAUUAAAAAGACAGAAUUGCCAGAAAUGUUGAAGGCUCAAAAAUAAAAAUGGGCUUGUUCUAAAAUGUCUAUAGAUACAAAAGAAAUUCAUAUUUAUUCAGGAAUUAGCAUAUUUAGAUUAUUUAAUUUCUCCCAGACACAUUUUUCAGGUGUGCCUAUGUGAGGGGAGGAUCUGCUAUGCUGCUAUGAGAUCUGUUUUUAAAUGUGGCAGAUCUAUUAAAAAUGACAAUUGUAGCAUAGAGGGAAGUUAUGUGUUUCUAACUGCAUGUUCAGUUACAGGAAAUGUGAAGAGAGCAUUAUCCAUAUGUUGUCUUCAGGAAAAUUCAAGAUAUCUCUAGAUACCUAUUUAUUUUAUCUAUCCUGUAUCUAUUCAAGUGGAUAACCCUAUGGCAAUUU